AUGGCCUCUUAUAAUGCAGUUUUCGCAAUCGAUGUGGACUAUCGAUCAGAAGACCUGAACUUCUCCACUGAACUUUACCAGAAUUACUUGAAGCAGUGGAUACUGCGAGUUCUGCUCGCACUGGGCAGCAAGUAUGGAUUUGAGAAAAUUAGAUGGGGUUACAGGUUCUUUCAUUCCAGAUCUGUUAAAAGCGCCGGUCUUAUAACAAGAGCAACACAUUUUAAAGAACUUCAAGAGAAAGCAUUCAGUGAGUUUGAGGGGGAGUUACAGCUUAAAGUUUGUGCUAAUAAAGAGUCCACUAAUGAGGAGCACACACUUCAGUCAAGUCCAGCCACCUGUGUGCAGAAUACACUCAAGGAGAUUCUUUUAGACUUUCAAUGGGACAGACCAGACAUAACAUCUCCUACUAAACUCACCUUGCGGCCAAGGAGAUCCAGCAGGACAACAACAAAUAUUUCUCUGGCUGAAGAUGACUUUUCAUGUCAGGACAAAAAUCUCUUGUUUGUGGUCUCCAAAUGUCCACAUUCCAGUGGACAGUUGGGUGAGUUUUUGCAGCUGCGCAAUGGUGAAGUUGAAAAUCACAAGGACUUAUCUGAGCUUGUGUUGCCAAAACGUCUAACGAACAUGAUAGUACAUCGGAAAGUGCUCCUUUACUGGGUUGAUUGCAGCCAUUGCAAGGUUAAUGUGGGUGAUGACUACACUGGAUUAAAGACCAUAAUGGGGGCGCUGCACCAUGUGGCUGGAAAAGUGAUUCCCAUGCUUACCCCUGGUUUGACCCAAAGUUAUAAGGAACCUGACCCGAACACUUUAGGUAACAACGGAUUACUCGCCUUUCCAUCUGGCUCGAGUACUGGCUGCAUUCUGUCCUCUGAAAAGACUUACAAUCGAGUCUUUCCGCCUCUUAUUGGAACACUUGGCUGGGCCACAGGUGAGAACAGACAGACGUGCAGUGUUUUGCUGGAGUCUGUCUCAUGCAGACAGAGGAGUCUGGGUGCUCCUGUAGAGGUGACUCUUCAAAGUGUGCUGUACGGCCUGGAUACCCGCUCUCUUACUCAAUACGCACCAGAGUGCUGGGUCCUGUCUUACUCACAUAAAUCAGAGCAGAAUCAAGCUGUUUUUGAGUGCCUUUUAAAUGAACUCUUCGUUAAUACUUCUGUCAUGCUAGCAGAGGUCAGUGAAGGAGGUCUUGUCCACUCUGCAGUUUUGUCAGUAUUGUCCUCUCAUAUGGCUCUUCUGACAGUUCUCCAGCCUUUGAAAACUGAGGGCAAGGAGGUGCUGAGUGCAAACCUUGUUUCCUCAGAAACUGCAGACAUGACUGACUGUACAGACCUGCCUGACAUAGUCUGUAGUGUUCUUAAUGCUGUUAUAAAGGAUGAGGAUAGCUCAGAGUCAUUUAAUCAGCAUCAAAUUCCUGAAUGGGCAAAUCAAGAUCUUCAGCAGUGGCCUAAUAUGACAGAUUUUACAGAGUGCUGGUUUCCUUUAUCUGACCAAUCUGGAAUUAGCAGCCAUCUGAUGGAGUCAAUGAGGCUUUUACAUGCUGCACCAGAGAAACAAGAACAAAAUGAAGAACAUGCCCAGCUGGAGCUGACCCACAGCUUAGUGGAGCUAUAUCAGAACAAAACUGGACCUAACAGCAGCCUGAAAGGCAAAAAACGUGCACAGCGUACACCAGUUCGCCAGAAAAUGAAGACCAUGAGUCGUUCCUUGCAGAUGUUGAAUGUUGCUCGCUUCAAUGUGAAGGCACAGAAGGGUCAGACAGAAACAGAUUCUUCCAGCAGUACCAAGGAAACUGAGAAGCGGGGUAGGAGCUGUUUAGAUGAAAGGACUAAAGCUGGUCCUAUGCACUUUAAAAAUGAAGAGGAACUGCUGUCUCAUUUGAAACUGCGAUAUCAGCAGGCUGUUGAGGACAGAAGUGUGACUCUAAUUAAUCAGGUCCAGGAUCUGCUCUCAGUGGUGAAAACCUUCAUCAGCAAUAACACUGAGGCUUCAUUCUUGGAUUUCAUCAAGAAGAAUCUCUUAAAAAGUGCUCAGUCCAUUCGGCAGCUUUACGGAAGUGUUUCUGACACUGAAAGUAAAAUCAAGGAUUGUCAGUUACAAGUAGUUCUCAGACUUGAGCUGUGCAGGCCACCAUUUUCAGAUCAUCAAGACCAUGUGGAGCAAAUGGUGGAAGAGGUGGCUGGAAUGCUGCGGAUAAUAUCUUUGACAAAUGAUCCUGUUUACUUGUCGAAGUUCAUGCAGGAAGAGGUCAUGCCACUGUACCUAAACAGCAUUCCUAAGAUCCUGGCAGACACCUAUCACAGUCUCGGCACUCAGCUGCCUGAGGUUCUUGUUGCUGUUCUGCCUUCUGACUUUUUUAGUGAUGACUCCAUGGCAAAAGAUAGUGUUUCUGUAAGCCCUGCAUCACUCUCAGCCACGCAGAGCUUGGCCUCUAGUGUUGGAGAUCGACUUGAAGAGUUGCGCAAUCGCUCUGCUAAGAAGAGGAGGUGAGAAUUACAUCUCACUCGUCAUAAAAGCAUGACAGAGGCUCCACAAACCCGCCGGCAAAUAGAGAUGCCUAGGAAAUCUACAAGACAGGCAAAGCCCAAGUGUGUUCCUGUAGAAAAAUUAAAUGUAGUCAGCCAGCCGACACAAAAACAAGCAGUUCAAGAGGUGACAAAGGUGCGCAGAAACCUCUUCAAUCAGGAGAACAUGACACCCUCAAAGAAAUCCAAAAUGCCUCGAAGUCAGUCGGUAUCAGCCGUGGAGGGAGUAAAGAAACGAAAACGGAUACAAAUAGAAGAUGAACACACUGCUCUGCUAACAAAAAAAGUAUCUGAGACACCCCUGCAUAAGCAAGUAUCAAAUCGUCUACUACAUAGACAAAGGACUGGCAGGAGGUCUGGUGAAAGUGAUCUGGUCAUCGUUGAGGAGUCUCCAGUCAAACCUGCUAUCGAUUUACGGAGGAGUCCUAGAAUCAAAAAACUUGCCAGAAGACAUUCCAGUGUCUUUUACUCAAGCUCACAACCACGGUCUAGAAAUUUGGAUAGGGCCUUGUCCUCCUCACAGCUUCCCGCCUCUGAGGGUAAAGGUGGUAUUAAUAUUCGGGCCGUAAAAUCACCAGUGAGACUUCUUUUCGGUGCUGCUGAGUCACCUGGGCGACCAACCACAUCCACUUUAAGGACACAAAAUGCUGAAGCUGCGUCCACAGAUUAUGUUUUUGAGGACUACAAUAAAAGUCAGAGAAAAUCUCCAUAUAAACAACUUGGUAACAGAACUCCCAGGACCCCAAGUUCUUCUUGCAAGGCUCAAAAUUCUCCUUUCUCUAAGAGCCCAGGCCAUGCUGUUGGGGAGAACGGCAUGACCCUGAGAGGGAGUCCUUUCAGAGCUCUAGCUACAAAAAGUUUUGUGCUGGAAACACCGAAGAAAAGCCCAUUAAAAGGUAUUCUUAGAACUCCAGUGAAGAGCCCCAAUAUGAGAACACCUAAGAAGAGUGUCACUUGGUCUCCAUCUCCAAAGAAACAUCUUUCAGAAAAUGCAUUCAAGGUUCCAGAGUCUCCCCAGAUCUCCAAUAGAUAUUCCCCUAGAUUGAUGUCACCAGGCAAGUUGGGCAAAGAUGAAAUUGAACUUUUUAAAACUCCUGAGAAAUCAAGCCAACAAAAAAGCAAAGCAUCUCCUGAAACAGUCACAGGUAUAUGUCAAAAUAACUGGUCUUCUUCUCCAUGGAAGCAUCUGUCUGACAAACCAUUUAAGGUUCCAGAUUCUCCACAAACCCCUAAAAGAUUUUCCCCAAGGUUGAUGACACCAGACAAGCUUUGCAGAGAUCAGUUUGCUAAAACCCCUGAAAAAUCAAACCACCAAAAAAGCAGAAUGUCCCCUAAAACACCACAAAGAGCAUCUGAAAUUAGAGGACGUGUUGAUCUUGAGGAGCCUAAAUUGGGUUCAGAAAAGAUAAGAAGAAACUUACAUUUACAGAAGAGCCAUCCAAAAAAUCCUGAAAUGCUUUCUGUUGAUGCUUCAUCACCACAAACACCAGAAUUAAAAACACCCAGCAAGAACUCUGGAUCCCCACACAUGUGUACUCGUUCUGGAAAGACACCUAUUAAACGCUCUUCUGCCCUAUCCAGCAACUUUUCCCCCAGUAAAGGUAUGGGUUCAUCUAUGAAAGUGAAGUCCCCAGAAACACCUUUAGGUUCUCUUCCUUUGGGCAGUCAUCCAUCUGUUGGCACAAACUAUCCCAGGACUUCAUUAAAGCAGAUUAAGAAUAAUCAGACACGAGAUGGUGAGUCUUUUACAACAAAUGUUAUUUAUGGACAGAAUGAAUCUCUUCAGGAAACAAUGGAGGAGGGAUCAUCCUCAGAUACCCAACACUUUGACUCAUCGCAGUUCAGCGGUACAACCACGGAGGAGAGCAUUGAUAUUGCAGAGGCCUCUGUAGUAAAAACUGAAUUAACUGGUGGUAUUAAAAUGAAUAUCUCUUUCUCAAGGAAACCAUCUAAAUCAAGUGAGGUUUUUGAGUUUACAGGCACACAAGCACACCCAGGCGAAACUACACAAGAGCGGAGAUAUGGUUUCCGCCAGACCCCAGAUCGGCAACAAAGAAGGGCAGCAGCACGUCUUGGUUAUUCUGCUGGUCUGCCAGUGUUCUCCACUCCAAGAGCCUCAAGAACACCUGCAGAUAAAAAGAAGCAGCAGUCUGUCAAGCCAAAUCCUCUUACUUAUGAAGUCGAAUUGGAAAUGCAGGCAUCUGGAUUGCCUAAGCUUAAGUUCAAGCGUACUGACUCUUUUAAUUCAAAUGAGGCAUCAGAGUGUGCAGCAAAAGUUCUAGCUUUACAAACAAACGCUAAGGCAUCAGGAGUUAAUAGCCCACUUGCACAUUGUUACAAACACAAGGAACCUAGCUGCAUAUCCCCAUCUCACUGUACUCAUGAAACACCUGGAAUGGGAGGUUUUCAGACAUUCAUAUGCCAGGCAAUUACUCCUACAAGGCCUCUUACCAAUAGCCCAUCACCUGUGGCUCCUGGGGAACCUUGGACUCCAUCUCCUAGGAGCUUAGGUAGGUUAACCCCAGAAAACUUUAGUAAGUGGCCUCGCAAAAAAAGGGCAAAAACCUGUUUGUUGCCUACCAAGGAAAGUGCCAUCAAGGAAAAGACUGGGCUCCUGGAAGACCCAGACCUUGAGGGUGUGUACAGACUACAGGGGACAGAGGAACUCAAGGAGUCAGUGACUGGUUCUGCUUGGAAAUACACAUUAGCGAUGCCAUCAAAGCUUUGCCCGUCAGAAGAAAUGGACUGUUUAGAAUCUGUGGUGCCACAAUGUAACCAAAGAGACAAUGACAGAUGUGAUGAAUUGUCAUGGAUAAGUGCAACCGGAUCACUUGGUUCAGCGGUUACCCCUCCACCCUCCAAAGUUAGAAAGCCAGUGUCUGCCAGUGGAAUUUUUGCUCUCACCCAGUCGCCCCUUUUAUACAAGGGAAAGAAAGUCACUCUUACCAAGGAAACCACACAAUCUAAUGAACCGAGUGGACUCUCAGGACAGGAGUUUGGUGAUAAGAGUUUGGUCACCUUCGAUGUUUCACCUUUUAGUCAACCACAGAGACACCAGCGCUCUGGUAGGACAUACAGCCGAAAGAGACUACUGGACUCUUGACAUUUUAGUAAAGCUGUUUAAUAAUGAGCGUAUUAUAUUUAUGUGUUUUGGUCUUAUCUGUACUUGUCAUGCUUGUUUGUUUUAUUCAUGUGAUUUGAUGGUUUUGGUUUUUCCUCAUGUGUGGUAAGUCUUGUUUUUACUGUUUUUUAAACAUCUGUUUACAUCAGAUUUUUGUCUGGUAACAGCUAAUAAAGCUUUAACAUUUCACAGUUUAAUAUUAUCCUUCUAUUUAUCUUUACAACUAAAGACGAAUCAUCUCUAUUUUCCUGUGUUUGUAAAUUUAAAAAAUAAAUAAAGUCUGAGUAGCUUGUGAUGUAGCAUUAAGGAGACAUUAAUGUAAUAGCCUAUUAAUGUAACAAAAUUACUUCAUGUAAAUAUUGAUGCUGAUUACUUCUGCAUACUACAAAUACUGUAUAUAUGAUGUAAGGCUAUUAAGGUAAAAUAUUUUAAUGCGUACUUUUUGCCCUUAGUAGUUAGAAGGAAAACUUGUUAAACCAAACCUUCGGACACAUUGCAUUGUACUGUCAUGUGAAUUAAGUCUAAAUGUGAAACAAAUUAUUUUAAUAAAGAUAUCAGUGUUCUGCUUUAUUUCA